GAGCUCUUUAUACAGCACUGGUUGUUGUGAUAUUGCAAGAUUUCAUUUGUCAAGUUAAGAUUCUCAUACAUAUAUACACGCAUAACCCCAAUAGACCUUUGAGAACACUUUCCAUUAUUGAUAACCACCAGACCAGCAUUCAGCGAUUUGAUAUCUCAUACGCUCACUAUCUACGAUUUCAUUCAAGUCACACCUUGCUCUCAUCUCCAUCUCUCAAGCAUCUCACGCAACUCAUGCAGCUCACCAGCUCAUCUCAAUCAAAAUCACCGGCUUAUCACCAUCUCUCCAUGCCCUCCCUAUCACUCGAAUUCCUCAGUACCUUUUUCUCCCUCCUCAUAUCCAGCCACCGCAACGUCCACCGCUUCUACCCUCACAUCCUCGCAAGUUCCUCUUUCCUCUCACCUCCACCCAAUACACACACUAACCUCUCCCAGCCACAACCACUCCGAAAUCCAACAUUGAAUUUCUUCACUCACCCCCAAAACUCCUUCCUCUCGAAUCUCAUCAACGCAAGCAUACUCCUCCUCCCCAUCAUUCUACUUUUUCGGCUGUACAAACGGGGCUUCCAUGAAAAACUUCAUGAUUUCAUCAUCCCUUUUGCUUUCUGUCUCGUAUGGGGCAUGUUUAUUUUUGAGGACAAGGAAGAAUUGAUCAAGACUGAUGUUGUGGUUUUUACAAUAUUACCUUGGUUAGUAUUCUUAGGCUUGUUGCUGAGUUGGGUUUGUGGAUAGUUGAGAUAGAUGAGAAAUUAAAUUGUUUUGCAUUGUUAUGAAACAACAGAAACAAGAUACAAUAUCAAUGCA